AUGGCCAUUCCAGCCUCAUCUCCUCCAAACCAUUCAUCAUCAACAACAACUCUACACACCACCACCACCAUGUCUCUAAACUACCACUGCUACUAUUAUCCAACCAAAUCAUCCCUUCAAAUCUUCAACACCCUUAGUAGCAGUAAUAAUCAUAAUAAUAUGCCUUCAUCAUCCAAACAACUGGGCUCAAAGCCAUCAUCAUCAUCACCUCCUGGUCAUCAUGUUGUUCCAUUAGCUUUGGCUACAUAUGCUCAUUAUGAUAUUGAAGCUGCAAGAGUGGCAGUGGAAUCCGCCUUCGAGAUGGAGAGCUUGUGGGCUUACAGAAAACAGAGUGAAAAAGAUGAUCUUGAUUACUAUGAUGCUGUUGAUGAUCUAGAAAGGAAUUGGGGAAAUGGAGGAGUGUUGAUUAGAAGGAAGAGAAGAAGAAAAAGAAGAAAGGAAACCAAUAUGGGAAAUUCGGGGAAUGAUGAGAAAGUAGUUACUGACAUGUUAAUCUUGAAGCCAGAGAAUUCUUCAGGGCAAUAUUUGAGCCCUCAACAGGAAGCAGAUUAUACUUUCUGCCUCAAGGAGGAAGCAAGAAUUGAAGCAGUGAGGAAGAGAAUUGAAGAGGCAACUAGGAGUGAAGUUACUUUAUCCCAAUGGGCUAAAGCUGCUGGAUUGAGCAGAAAUACUCUAGAUAAGAUUUUGUGUAAUGGUAGAGAAGCAAGAGAUAGAAUUACCAGAUGUUACAGAAGACUUGUGAUUUCUUUAGCUUCAGGUUAUCAAGGAAGAGGGUUCAGUUUGCAAGAUCUGGUUCAGGAAGGAAACCUUGGGCUAAUUCAUGGUGCAAAAAAAUUUAAUCCAGAGAAGGGUUAUAAGCUAUCAACCUAUGUUUACUGGUGGAUUAAGCAAUCUAUGUCCAGAGCAGUAGCAAAGAAGUCUAGACUCACUAGACUGCCGGGUAGCAUAAGUGAGCUGGUUCCAAAGAUCUGUGAGGCCAAUGCUGUCUUAAGCCAGAAGCUGCGCAAACUUCCAACGUGUGAUGAAAUCGCGAAACUGAUUAACAAAAACAGCUUAACAGUAGCUCUUACCCUUGAAAGGAACAGAGAACCAAUUUCUCUGGAUCAAGCAAUGUCAGCUAGCAACAUGUCAUUGCAGGAGAUUGUCCCAGGACCGGAUGAAUUAACGCCUGACACAAUGGUGGAGAAACAGUUCAUAAAGAAGGACUUAGAUAAGCUUCUGAAGGGACUAUCUGAAAGGGAAAGGAGUAUAAUCAGAUUGUAUUAUGGCCUAAAUGGCCACACCCCUCUAUCUUUUGAGGAUAUAGGAAGACGCUUAAAACUCUCAAGAGAAAGAGUGAGGCAGAUUAGCUGUGGUGCCUUGAAGAAACUACGCGAGAAUAGCAUGUUAAACGAUCUGAAAGUAUAUAUUGCAUAG